AUGGCGCCAACCGCAGUAUCGGCUGGUCCUUCAGCGAGCGCGAUCCACAGCAAGAAUGCAUCGAGCCAGCAGUCACUCUCUUCGUUCUCAGAUUAUCACCUCGACUAUCGUCUGUGGAACGCUUCCGAACCCACAUCUGAAUCUUCACAACGUUUCAUAGCCUCGCUGCGGUUGGCCAUGGUUGGGAUUGGAUUCUUCUAUCUACACGGUACUCCACUGGACGCUAGACGCAACGCAAUGUUCGACCUAGUCUCGCGCUUCUUUCAACUUCCACUCGAACAAAGACUCAAGAUUGAUAUGGAUAAUAGUCGUCAUUUUCGCGGCUACUGCAAAUUUGGUGACGAGCGAACGCAGCAGAAGCAGGAUCUGAGGGAUCAAGUCGACUACGCACCGCAAGUGGAGCCAGUGACGGACAAGCAGUUGUUGGACAAGUAUCCUUUUCUGAAUCUGUACGGACCGAACCAAUUUGUUGACGACGAGGUCUGCGAAGGACAUAGGAGGAUAGUGUUGGAAUGGUUCGAAGCAGCCGAAGAGGUGUCAAAUCAAUUGACGAGGGCGAUUGAACUAGCGUUGGGAGUGCAAGAGGGAGAGCUAUCACAGUUCUUGACUGGCAAGACCAAGUUCAGAGGUGGUGAUGCUCAACUCGAUGGCUUGGGGCCGUUGCCUUACGCAAGAAUGAAGACAAUUCGCUAUCCGACCGGCGUCGCUGUGGACGGUAUUACCCGCAAAGACCCUUCCAGCACGCAAGGCGUAGGUGCCCACAAAGACAGCGGUUGGCUCACGCUGCUAGCUCCGUCCGCCCAAGUUGGUGGUCUGGAAGGACAAGACUUCUCCGGUUCCUGGCUCAGCAUCCCCCACGUCGAUGGCAGCAUCAUUGUCAAUUUCGGUCAACAAGUCGAAUUCCUUACCAACGGCAUCGUUCAAGCUGCUACCCACCGUGUUGUGUCCAACCCCAAUGGCACUCAGGACAGGUUUUCCGUCGCCUUUUUCAGUAGUCCCGCUCUCAACACAUAUCUCAAGCCCUUGGAUUCACGCAGAUUCAGUAAAGAGCUGGUCGAAGCCUGGAAGACGGCAGAAUCAAAGAGGAGCGGGGGGGAUAUCAUCAGUGAUGUUCCAAAGGGCGAUCUGUUUGCAAGAGCCGAUGAGCCAUUUGGUUGGAUCAAUUGGAGAGGGUUAGUCAGGAGUCAUCCCGGUGUCGUGAACGCUUUCUACCGCGACUCUGUAUCAUAG